AAAAAAUGUUUUAUAAAAUCAUUCCCACAAUUAAUUUAUUUGUUUCCUAUCACGAGUUUUGUAAUUGCGCAACUCAAAGCAUAUUUUGUUGACUACCACUUUGAAUUCCUCCCAAAGUUAAGAUAAUUUUCAUUUAAACUCCCCAUAUGUUACGGAUUAUCUUAAGUAAAAUCCCUCCCAUCCAUUCACGCGCUUCAAAGUUUUUAACUGCGGUUCCACAUCGGCACCCCACUCACCACCGCCAAUGCGUGACGUACACGCACCAACACACAUCAACACCAUACGCCUCCAUCUUCUUUAUAAACCUUUUCCCCCUUUUUCGACUUUAUAAAAACCACAAUUCCCCCAUAAACCCCACUCAAAGAACCUCCAAGAACAUCACAAUCAUGAGUUAUUACAAUCAAGGCCAGCCCCCAGUUGGCGCUCCUCCUCCGCAAGGAUAUCCACCAGAAGGGUACCCGAAAGAUGCUUACCCACCACCAGGGUACCCGCCACAGGGAUACCCUCAACAAGGAUAUCCACCGCAGUAUGCGCCGCAGUACGGUGCUCCGCCUCCUCAGCAGCAGCAGCAACAACAAAGUACCGGUUUCAUGGAAGGCUGUUUGGCUGCCUUGUGUUGCUGUUGUUUGCUGGAUGCAUGCUUUUGAAAGAUAUAUGGAUUAGUAGAUGGUGAACAAGUUAUCAAGAUGUCAUUUGGGAAAAUCAAGAAUGUGACUUUGUCACCAAAUUUGGACAUUUCUUUUAUCUUUUUGCAUAUGGUUAUGGAUUUGAAAAUGAACUGACAAUGUACCUAGUAUUUCCUUUCUGCACAUCUUUUAAUGAAUCUGGAGUUUCUGUUUUUGUGUUGUGUUGGUUGUUGCAACUUUUAGUAAAUGUUUUUAAAUAGAAUUGUCGACUUGGAAAAAGUGAAAAAAUUGUUUAUAUGAAAAACGU